ACUCUAAUGGCGUCCGUUCAAUUUCUCUCACUUCAAAUUUAGCUAUGCAACACACAAACACACAGAAAGAUUUUUGAGAUUUCCCUUCCACCACCUGCCUGAUUGUCUCCCAAUAUAAUUCUAAGAACUCCACCGCUAACUCCGCCUUGCCUCUCGUUUCUGCUCUCACCGGAGAAGUUACAGAAAACCUGCUUUCCGUCUUGCCCUUACUAUCCUCGUCCGCCGUGGCCCUGCUGGAAACAGUUGCGUACGCGGUUUCUUCAUUGAUCGAGUUGUGCGAAGACUGAAUCCGAGAAUGACUGCGGAGGUUUCUCAGUCGAAUGGAGUUGUCUCGAAUUGCGACUUGGACCUUAAUUCUAACCCUAAAUCUGGCGCCGCCAAGAAGUCGCGGGAAAGCGAACGACGUCGUCGUCGGCGAAAGCAGAAGAAGAACCAGAAGACUUCUAAGGUGGAGGCUACUGCUGGAGAGGAUAGUGACGCUUCUGGCGACGAUACGAAGGAGAACGAUAAUCCACUGCAGGUUGUUGAGAAAGUAGAAAUCGAAUAUGUACCUGACAAGGCCGAACUGGAUGAUAGCUUGGAUGAAGAAUUUAGAAAAGUUUUUGAGAAAUUCAGUUUCAGUGAGAUAGCUGGUACUGAGGAGAAUGAAAACAAAGACGAGUCUGCCCAAAAUGCAGCAUCUAAGAAGUCAGACUCCGAUUCUGAUGAUGAAGAACUUGAUAACCAACAAAAGGAAAAAGGCUUGUCAAACAAGAAAAAGAAGCUGCAACGGCGUAUGAAGAUUGCAGAGCUGAAGCAGAUUUGUUUGAGACCUGAUGUUGUUGAGAUCUGGGACGCAACUGCAGCUGAUCCGAAGUUACUUGUUUAUCUAAAAUCUUAUCGCAACACCGUUCCUGUGCCAAGGCAUUGGUGUCAAAAGCGGAAAUUUUUACAGGGGAAGCGUGGUAUUGAAAAACAACCAUUCCAACUUCCAGAUUUUAUUGCAGCAACAGGAAUUGAAAAGAUUAGACAGGCCUACAUAGAGAAAGAGGAUAGUAAAAAAUUGAAGCAGAAGCAAAGAGAACGAAUGCAGCCAAAGAUGGGAAAGAUGGAUAUUGAUUAUCAGGUUCUUCAUGAUGCUUUUUUUAAGUACCAAACAAAGCCAAAGCUGACAACUCUUGGAGAUCUGUACUAUGAAGGGAAAGAAUUCGAGGUUAAGUUAAGGGAGAUGAAACCAGGCAUGCUGUCGCAUGAAUUGAAAGAAGCGCUUGGCAUGCCAGAUGGCGCUCCUCCUCCAUGGCUCAUCAACAUGCAGAGAUAUGGUCCACCUCCAUCCUAUCCAGAUCUAAAAAUUCCAGGACUCAAUGCUCCCAUUCCACCUGGAGCUAGCUUUGGCUAUCAUCCUGGUGGCUGGGGCAAGCCUCCUGUAGAUGAAUAUGGUCGUCCGCUGUAUGGAGAUGUUUUUGGUGUUCAGCAGCAAGAACAAGCUAACUAUGAGGAGGAACCUGUUGAUAAGACCAAACAUUGGGGUGAUUUGGAAGAAGAGGAAGAAGAAGAGGCGGAGGAGGAGGAGGAUGAGGAGGAACUUGAAGAAGAGGAAAUGCAAGAUGGCAUUGAAUCUGUGGAUAGUCUAUCGAGCACCCCUACUGGUGUGGAGACACCUGAUGUUAUUGACCUUCGGAAACAACAGAGGAAGGAACCGGACAGGCCCCUUUACCAAGUCCUAGAAGCAAAGGAAGAGAAAGUUGCUCCUGGGACUUUGCUUGGAACUACACAUACUUAUGUUAUUAGUGGCGGUACUCAAGAUAAGACGGGAGCCAAAAGGGUUGACUUGCUCAGAGGUCAAAAAACUGAUAAAGUAGAUGUUACUUUACGACCAGAAGAAUUGGAAGCUAUGGAAAAUGUUCUACCUGCGAAGUACGAGGAGGCCAGAGAAGAGGAGAAGUUACGGAGUCAGAGGGAAGACUUCAGCGACAUGGUUGCAGAGAAUGAGAAGAAAAGAAAACGUAAGAUGCAAGAGAAGGACGGAAAAUCUAAGAAGAAGGAUUUCAAGUUCUAAAUCAUCCUUUGUUACGGUACUCAAACCAUUCUAUCGAAUAUGACAUUCAUGCUCGUCAUGCUUUUACUUGAAGAAGUUGGCCUUUUCUUUUGGUAGAGAGAUGUUCCAAUCUUGUGUAGUAUCAAGUAUGUGCUUAUCCCAUAAACUUCAGCGUUAUGUGGUUCUUUCUAAAACCAGAUCCUCUUCACGGGAUAAUCUACGUAGCUAGUUGUGUACGACUCUUCAGUGGAAGUAGUUUAUCAUCGUACUCAGUAGGUUUUGUAUUCGUUUUUUUCGAUUUCCGAGCUUAGAAAUGGCUGAUAUGCUGUAACUUAACUGAUUAACAGUAGCUGCGAUGGAAGAAGAGUUGGACCAUCCACAAAUGAGUUCUAUGCUCUGUUUUGUCAUGGGCUGCUUCGCCUGUUGUACUUGAAACACCACUUGAUCCAUGAAAAAGCAUAAAAUGGUGUCAAGAGUUAUGGGAGAAUUUAUUUCUA